AUGAAGUUGAAGCGAAGGAGGGCCGUGGAAGUGCCUCCGAAAAUUAGAUCCUUCAUCAACAGUGUCACUGCUGUUCCUUUUGAGAAUAUAGAGGAGCCCCUAAAAGGUUUUGUCUGGGAGUACGAUAAGGGUGAUUUCCAUCAUUGGGUUGAUCUGUUCAACCAUUUUGAUUCUUUUUUUGAGAAGCAUAUAAAAUCUAGGAAGGAUUUACAGGUUGAGGAUAAUUUUCUUGACUCUGAUCCUCCUUUUCCAAGAGAAGCUCUUCUUCAAGUUCUCCGUGUAAUAAGAAUAAUUUUGGAGAACUGCACUAAUAAACACUUCUACAGUUCUUAUGAGCAGCAUCUCUCAUCUUUGCUUGCUUGCACUGAUGCCGAUGUGGUUGAGGCUUGCCUGCAGACUCUGGCUGCAUUUUUGAAGAAAACAGUUGGAAAGUAUUCCAUUAGAGAUGCUUCACUAAAUUCAAAGUUGUUUGCUCUUGCACAAGGUUGGGGAGGAAAGGAAGAGGGUCUUGGAUUAGUUGCCUGUGCGGUACAAGAUGGUUGUGACCCCAUUGCUUACGAGUUAGGAUGCACCCUUCACUUUGAGUUUUAUGCAUUGGAAGAUGCAAGUGAAUUAUCAACCACAGAACAACAGACCCAAGGUUUACAAAUCAUACAUUUACCUAACAUCAACACUCAUCCAGAGUCUGAUCUUGAGCUUUUGAGCAAGUUGAUUGCCGAGUACAAAGUACCUAGUAGUUUGAGAUUUGCUUUAUUGACAAGAUUGCGUUUUGCAAGGGCGUUUGGCUCUUUAGCUACUCGUCAACAGUAUGCCUGCAUUCGUCUGUAUGCCUUCAUAGUUCUUGUUCAAGCAAAUAGUGAUGCCGAUGACCUUGUUUCUUUCUUUAACACUGAACCGGAGUUUGUCAAUGAACUAGUGUCACUAUUGAGCUUUGAAGAUGUAGUUCCUGAGAAAAUUCGAAUUCUGUGUCUCCUUUCAUUGGUUGCUCUUUCUCAAGAUCGAUCCCGACAGCCUAAUGUUUUGACUGCUGUUACAUCUGGUGGGCAUCGUGGAAUACUAUCCAGCCUUAUGCAGAAGGCCAUUGAUUCUGUCCUUAGUGAUACAUCAAAGUGGUCUGUUGUUUUUGCUGAGGCUCUGUUAUCUCUUGUUACAGUUUUGGUUUCAUCAUCAUCAGGUUGUUCGGCAAUGCGAGAAGCUGGGUUCAUCCCCACCCUUCUCCCUUUGCUUAAAGAUACAAAUCCACAGCACCUGCAUUUGGUCAGCACAUCUGUGCAUAUUUUAGAAGCUUUCAUGGAUUACAGUAAUCCAGCUGCUGCAUUGUUCCGGGACUUGGGGGGUUUAGAUGAUACCAUCUCUCGCCUGCAGGUGGAAGUGUCUCAGGUAGAAAAUGGUCCAAAGCAACAAGAUGAAGAUUCUAGUAUCGCUGGGAGUAGUGCACAAGUAGUUGCAGGAACUUCCACUGAGAUAGACAGCAUGCAACCUCUGUAUUCAGAACCUCUUGUUUCAUAUCAUCGACGACUGCUGAUGAAAGCUCUGCUGCGUGCUAUAUCUCUGGGAACUUAUGCACCUGGAAACACUGCUCGUGUUUAUGGCUCAGAGGAGAGUCUGUUGCCACAGUGCUUAUGCAUAAUCUUUAAAAGGGCAAAAGAUUUUGGUGGUGGGGUGUUUUCACUUGCAGCUUCUGUCAUGAGUGAUUUGAUUCACAAAGAUCCUACCUGUUUUCCAGUUUUAGAUGAAGCAGGCCUGCCCUCUACCUUCCUCAAUGCUAUAAUGGAUGGUGUUCUUUGCUCAACCGAGGCCAUUACAUGCAUCCCACAGUGUCUAGAUGCUCUGUGUUUAAAUAAUAACGGUCUUCAGGCUGUCAAAGAUCGCAAUGCGUUGAGGUGCUUUGUGAAGAUAUUUACUUCAAGAACCUAUUUGCGUGCUCUAACAAGUGAUACACCUGUCUCCUUAUCUAGUGGAUUGGAUGAAUUAAUGCGCCAUGCUUCUUCAUUACGUGGUCCUGGUGUGGACAUGCUAAUUGAGAUUUUAAAUGCCAUUUCAAAAAUUGGACACGGGGUUGAUGCUUCUCUCACGUCAACUGAAGUUCCGUCUUCUUCUACUCCUGUUCCCAUGGAAACUGAUGGAGAAGAGAGGAAUGUUGUCAUGUCUGAUGAUAGGGAGUCAUCCAAAAUGGAUAGUUCGGAGCAGGGAACUGAACCAUCUUCUGAUUCUGUAGUAGGAAAUGCUGAACAAUUGCUUCCUGAUUGUGUAAGCAAUGUUGCACGUCUUCUGGAAACUAUACUUCAGAAUGGUGACACUUGUCGUAUAUUUGUGGAGAAGAAGGGGAUUGAAGCUGUCCUGCAGUUGUUUACCUUGCCUUUAAUGCCUCUUUCUGCUUCAGUUGGUCAGAGUAUAUCUAUUGCAUUCAAGAACUUCUCACCACAGCAUUCUGCUUCUUUGGCUCGAGCAGUAUGUUCAUUUUUGAGAGAGCAUCUGAAAUCAACAAAUGAACUCUUAGUUUCAGUUGGUGGGACUCAACUUUCUUUGGUGGAAUCUGCAAAGCAAACUAAGGUUUUGAAACAACUUUCCAGUCUUGAAGCUAUUCUGUGUCUGUCUAAUAUUCUAUUGAAAGGGACAACUACGGUGGUGUCGGAAUUGGGUGCAGCAGAUGCUGAUGUAUUGAAAGAUCUUGGGAGCACAUACAGGGAAAUCCUCUGGCAAAUAUCUUUGUGUAAUGAUGUCAAGUCUGAUGAGAAGAUCACUGCUGAACAAGAACAAGACAAUGCUGAGGCAGCUCCAUCGAAUGCUUCUGGAAGGGAGAGUGAUGAUGAUACUAAUAUCCCAGUGGUGAGAUACAUGAACCCAGUCUCUAUUAGGAAUCAGCCCUUCUGGGGUGGAGAGCGUGAGUUCCUGUCAGUUGUUCGCAGUGGUGAAGGUUUGCACCGUCGUAGUACUCGGCACGGGAUUACACGCAUGAGGGGAGGAAGGACAGGCCGGCAUUUGGAGGCUUUACAUAUUGAUUCUGAAUCUUCUUCCACAGUAUCUGAGGCAACUACAUCCCAGGAUUUGAAAAAGAAAAGUCCUGAUGUGCUUGUUACAGAAAUUCUCAACAAGCUGGCUACCACUCUACGUUCCUUCUUCACAGCUCUUGUCAAGGGAUUUACUUCACCUAAUAGGCGUAGAGUUGACUCUGGAUCAUUGAGUUUGGCUUCAAAAACUCUUGGAACUGCCCUAGCUAAAGUGUAUCUUGAGGCUCUUAGUUUCUGUGGACAUUCUACUUCUGCUGGGCUUGAUACUUCAUUGUCAGUUAAGUGUCGAUAUCUUGGGAAAGUAGUGGAUGAUAUGAUGGCACUUACAUUUGAUAACAGACGGCGGACUUGUUAUACUGCAACAAUUAAUAAUUUCUAUGUCCAUGGUACCUUUAAGGAGCUGCUCACAACAUUUGAAGCUACUAGUCAGUUGUUGUGGACCGUUCCAUAUGGUAUGCCAACAUCAGGCAUUGAUCAUGAAAAGAAUGGUGAAGGCAGUAAACUGUCCCAUAGUUCGUGGCUGCUUGAUACAUUACAAAGCUAUUGCCGCGUGCUGGAGUAUUUUGUUAAUUCUUCUUUGCUCUUAUCUACAACCUCUGCAUCCCAGGCACAGUUGCUUGUUCAGCCAGUUGCAGUUGGUCUAUCAAUUGGUCUUUUCCCUGUGCCAAGGGAACCAGAAGUUUUUGUUCGUAUGCUGCAGUCUCAAGUUCUUGAUGUAAUACUUCCCAUCUGGAACCACCCCAUGUUUCCAAAUUGUACUCCAGGAUUUGUUGCUUCCAUUGUUUCACUUGUUAUGCAUGUAUAUUCUGGUGUGGGAGAUGUGAAGCAGAAUCGCAGUGGCAUUGCUGGCACUACAAACCAAAGAUUCAUGCCCCCACCACUUGAUGAAGGUACAAUUAGUACCAUUAUGGGUAUGGGUUUUUCAAGGGCCAGAGCAGAAGAAGCUCUUAGGAGGGUGGAAACAAAUAGUGUUGAAAUGGCCAUGGAGUGGCUUUGUAACCAUCCCGAGGAUCCUGUGCAGGAGGAUGAUGAUCUGGCCCAGGCACUUGCUCUAUCACUAGGACCUGAAACAUCUAAAGCUGAUAAUGUUGAAAAGUCUGUAGAUGUGCUGGCAGAAGAGAGUUGUGUGAAAGCUCCACCAAUUGAUGAUAUUCUUGCUGCAUCAGUUAAGUUGUUUCAGAGCAGUGAUACCAUGGCUUUCCCAUUGACAGAUUUGCUUGUGACACUUGGCAAUCGGAACAAAGGUGAAGACCGUCCUAGAGUUACAUCUUAUCUAAUUCAGCAACUCAAACUUUGUCCAUUGGAUUUUUCUAAGGAUACCAGUGCUUUGAGUAUGUUAUCACAUGUUAUAGCAUUGCUGCUUUCUGAGGAUGGAAGUACAAGGGAAAUUGCUGCACAGAAUGGUAUUGUAUCUGUUGCAGUAGAUAUCUUGAUGAAUUAUAAGGCCAAAGAGGAGCCAGGCAAUGAACUUCUUGUUCCAAAAUGUAUUAGUGCUCUACUGCUUAUUUUGGAUAACAUGUUGCAAUCAAGGCCCAGAAUUUCUGAGAACAUUGAAGAAACUCAGACUGGAUCUCUGACUGAAUUAUCUGGAGAUCGUGCUUCCUUGUCAAUCCCUGGUGCAUUUCUUGAAAAUGGAGGAUUGACGGCUCUUUUUGGUCUUCCUAGAAGUUGUUUUUUCCCUGGAUAUGAUACUGUUGCAUCUGCUAUUGUUCGCCAUCUUCUUGAAGAUCCGCAGACACUGCAAACAGCAAUGGAAUUGGAAAUUCGCCAAACACUGAGUGGCAACAGGCACGGUGCACGUACUUCUGCAAGGACAUUCUUGACAUCAAUGGCACCUGUAAUCUCUAGAGAUCCAGUGGUUUUUAUGAAAGCUGUUGCUGCUGUUUGUCAGUUGGAGACGUCAGCAGGUAGGACAUUCAUUGUCUUAAUGAAGGAAAAAGAAAAGGAAAAGGACAAACCUAAGGCAUCUGGUGGUGAGGCUGGAUUAUCUUCCAAUGAAUGUGUCCGCAUUCCUGAAAAUAAAGUACAUGAUGGAUCAGGUAAAUGCUUGAAAGGUCACAAGAAGAUCCCUGCUAAUCUUACUCAAGUGAUUGAUCAACUGCUUGAAAUUGUCUUGAAAUACUAUUUCCCAAAGAGCCAGGAAGAUUCUCUGAAUGACCUAUCUUCUAUGGAGGUAGAUGAACCUGCUACCAAGGUAAAGGGUAAAUCAAAGGUUGAUGAGACAAGGAAAGUGGAGUCUGGAUCUGAAAGAUCUGCAGGACUGGCUAAGGUAACAUUUGUUCUCAAGUUACUGAGUGAUAUUCUUCUCAUGUAUGUACAUGCAGUUGGGGUUAUACUUAAACGGGAUAUGGAACUGACUCAAUUGCGGGUAGCUAAUCAACUGGAAAAUCCUGGACAAGGUGGUAUACUUCAUCACGUUAUUCAUCGAUUGCUUCCACUAACCAUUGAUAAAUCUGCUGGACCUGAUGAAUGGAGAGACAAGUUGUCAGAAAAAGCUUCUUGGUUCCUGGUAGUUCUGUGUGGUCGUUCUGGUGAAGGGCGUAGAAGAGUAAUUAGUGAACUUGUGAAAGCUUUAUCAUCAUUUUCAAACAUUGAUAGUUGUUCUUCGAAGAGCAUCAUAUUGCCAGAUAAGAAGGUUUAUGCUUUUGUGGAUUUGGUGUACUCUAUUUUGUCGAAAAAUUCAUCAUCGAGCAACUUACCUGGUUCUGGGUUUUCACCAGACAUAGCAAAAAGCAUGAUAGAUGGGGGAAUGAUUCAGUGUCUGACUAGUAUCCUACAAGUGAUUGAUUUGGAUCAUCCUGAUGCUCCCAAAACUGUGAAUCUCAUACUCAAGGCUUUAGAAAGUUUAACAAGGGCUGCUAAUGCUAGUGAGCAAUAUUUUAAAUCUGAUGAGACAAAGAAAAAAUCCACGGUGUUGAAUGGAAGAUCUGAUGAUCAGGUAACUACUCCAGCUGAUGAUACAUUAGGGCAUAAUCAGAAUAUAAGCAGUGAGCAGGACGUCAGAGAUGCAGUACCAACUGAACAACAGGAUCAAGGAACUUCUCAAAGUGAAGGUAAUCCUGAUGCAACUCCGAACCAGUCAGGGGAACAUGAUAUGAGAAUUGAAGUUGAAGGGCCAUUGGCUUCUAACCAACCCAUGGAGCUUGGGAUGGAUUUCAUGCGUGAAGAGAUGGAAGAAGGCAAUGUGUUACACAACACUGACCAAAUCGAAAUGACUUUUCGUGUUGAAGGUAGGGCAGAUGAUGACAUGGGUGAUGAAGAUGACGACAUGGGUGAUGAUGGUGAGGAUGAUGAGGAUGAUGAUGAUGGAGAGGAUGAAGAUGAGGAUAUAGCAGAAGAUGGUGGCGGCAUGAUGUCUCUGGCUGAUACUGAUGUGGAAGACCAUGAUGAUACUGGCCUGGGAGAUGAUUAUAAUGAUGAGAUGAUUGAUGAAGAUGAUGAUGAUUUCCACGAGAAUCGUGUCAUAGAAGUGAGAUGGAGGGAAGCCCUUGAUGGGCUUGAUCAUUUACAGGUACUUGGGCAACCUGGAGCUGCAAGUGGACUGAUUGAUGUUGCUGCCGAACCUUUUGAAGGGGUUAAUGUGGAUGACCUUUUUGGUCUACGAAGGCCGUUAGGUUUUGAUCGACGUCGUCAGACGAGUAGGUCUUCCUUUGAGCGAUCUGUUACAGAAGCAAAUGGCUUUCAACAUCCUCUCCUUAUAAGGCCUUCCCAUUCUGGAGAUCUGGUAUCCAUGUGGUCAGCUGGUGGAAAUUCAUCCCGGGACUUAGAAGCUCUAUCAUCAGGGAGCUUUGAUGUAGCUCAUUUCUACAUGUUUGAUGCUCCUGUUCUUCCAUAUGAUCAUGUCCCGAACAAUCUUUUUGGUGACCGUUUGGGUGGUGCAGCACCGCCACCAUUGACUGAUUAUUCUGUAGGUAUGGAUUCGCUGCAGUUAGCGGGACGGAGAGGCCCAGGUGAUGGCCGGUGGACUGAUGAUGGCCAGCCUCAAGCAGGUGCUCAUGCUGCUGCUAUUGCUCAGGCAGUUGAGGAACAAUUUAUAUCCCAAUUGCGCAGUCUUGCUCCUGUUGACACCCCUGUUGAACCGCAUUCUCAGAAUUCAGGAGUGCAGGAGAAACAGCCAGAUAUGCCUCCUUCAACAGAUAGUCAAGUAGUAGUAGAUCACAGCCAACAAAUUGAAGAUCAGGACCAAGACAGGGGUGUUGAAGCAGCACAUCAAGUUAUCUCCACACCUGAGGGUAUUCCUUCCCAAGAACAAGUCAAUCCAGAAUCUUUUGUCGAAAAUGCUGUGGACUGUUUGCAGGGACCUGAACCAAUGUCAAUCCAGGCACCUUCUUUGGACAGUGCACGAAAUGAUAACAUGGACAUUGGAGAGGGGAAUGGCGCUGCUGCGCAAGUAGGGUCUAUGCCAGCAUUUGUCAACUCAUCUGCAAGCACAAGGGUUGAUUUACAACAGGAUGAGGUUUCUGAAGUGCCUUCUGAUGUCAACAAUGCUACAGUAGAAGCUAUGGGUCAGGAUGGAUCUUCAGGCAAUCUAGUUGGUGAUAUGCCGGUAAAUUUCGGCUUCAAUGUGUCUAAUUCAGGUGAUUCUCAUACUAUGGUCCGAGAAAAUGUUGAUGUUGACAUGAAUUGCAUUGAUGAAGUAAAUCAAACUGGCCAUUCCAUGCCUGCUUCUGAAAAUGGUACAGAUGACCCAUCAAGCCAAAACACAUUGAUUGCUCCAGAAGCUAAUCAGGCUGAACAAGUUAACAAUGAGACUCCUGGUGCUAAUGCGAUUGACCCUACAUUCUUGGAGGCUUUACCUGAAGAUUUGAGGGCGGAGGUUCUUGCUUCACAGCAAGCUCAGUCUGUUCAACCUCCUCCUUAUGCGCCACCUUCUGCGGACGACAUUGAUCCUGAGUUUUUAGCUGCCCUUCCGCCGGAUAUCCAAGCAGAAGUUUUGGCUCAACAAAGAGCACAAAGAGUUGCACAACAGGCUGAAGGACAACCUGUUGACAUGGACAAUGCUUCUAUAAUUGCUACAUUUCCUGCUGAUUUACGAGAAGAGGUACUUUUAACUUCUUCAGAAGCAGUGUUGUCUGCAUUACCUUCUCCACUACUGGCUGAAGCUCAAAUGCUAAGAGAUCGAGCGAUGAGUCACUAUCAGGCUCGCAGCCUCUUCGGGAGCAGCCACAGGCUGAAUAAUAGGAGAAAUGGAUUGGGUUUUGACCGGCAUACUGUAAUGGACAGGGGUGUUGGAGUCACAAUUGGCCGGAGGGCAGUUUCUUCUAUUACAGAUAGCUUAAAGGUUAAGGAAAUUGAAGGCGAGCCACUUCUAGAUGCAAAUUCAUUAAAAGCCUUAAUAAGGCUUCUACGAUUAGCGCAGCCCCUUGGUAAAGGACUCUUGCAGAGGCUCUUCUUAAUCCUGUGUACACACAGUGUUACAAGAGCAACUUUAGUACGUCAAUUGCUCGAUAUGAUCAAGCCUGAGGCUGAAGGCUCAGUCACUGGAUUAGCUACCAUUAAUUCCCAACGGCUUUAUGGUUGCCACUCAAAUGUUGUAUAUGGCAGAUCUCAGUUGUUAGAUGGUCUUCCUCCAUUGGUGUUGCGUCGGAUCCUUGAGAUCUUGACUUAUUUAGCUACAAAUCAUUCUACAGUGGCAAAUAUGUUAUUCUAUUUUAAUUUCUCAGGUGUUCCUCAGCCUUUAAGUCCCUUAAAUAUGGAAACCAAGAAGGACAAAGGCAAAGAGAAAGUUGGAGAAGGAGGAUUUUCAUCUAAUCCUGUCAACGCACAGGAUGGGGACGUUCCCCUGAUAUUAUUUCUGAAGCUCCUUAAUCGACCUCACUUCUUGCGUAGCACUGCUCAUCUUGAGCAGGUCAUGGACCUGCUUCAGGUGGUUGUUGAUACUUCAGCUGCAAAACUAGAGGUCCAUUCUCAAUCUGAAAGGCUCGAGGGGAAUUCCCAAAAUUUACCUGUAAGUGAAACUUCUGGAGAUGGUCAGAACAGUCAUCCUGUAGAACCAGAACCUCAUCAAGAGGUUAAACCUGAUGGUGUUGGAUCAUCAACUUCAGAUGCAACCAGGAGUACAGAUACCUAUAAUAUUUUCUUGAAACUGCCAGAAUCCGAUUUGCAUAAUCUUUGCAGUCUUCUUGGUCGUGAGGGGCUUUCAGAUAAAGUAUAUAUGCUUUCCAGUGAGGUGCUGAAGAAGUUGGCCUCAGUUGCAGUGCCCCAUCGGAAGUUUUUUAUCUCAGAGCUUUCAGAAUUAGCUCAUGGCUUGAGUGCCUCAGCUGUUGGCGAGCUUGUCACUCUCCGGAAUACACAGAUGUUGGGUUUAAGUGCCGGAUCUAUGGCUGGGUCGGCAAUCUUACGUGUACUGCAAUCACUUUGCUCACUCACUUCACCCAGUACAAAUGAGAAUUCAGGUUUGGAGAAUGAUGCAGAGCAGGAGGAGCAUGCCACCAUGUGGAAGCUAAAUAUUGCACUUGAGCCAUUGUGGCAAGAAUUGAGUGACUGUAUAAGCGCCACUGAAACACAGUUGGGCCAGAGCUCUUUUUGUCCAACCAUGUCCACUAUAAAUGUUGGGGACCAUGUACAAGGUUCCUCUUCUUCAUCUCCUCUGCCUCCUGGAACCCAGAGACUACUUCCUUUUAUGGAGGCUUUUUUUGUUUUGUGUCAGAAGCUACAAGCAAACCACUCUAUCACGCUGCAAGAUCAAGCUAAUGUGACUGCAAGAGAAGUCAAAGAGUCAGGUGGAAAUUCAGAUCCUUCAGUUACUAAAUUCCAUGGCUGUGGGGAUUCUCAGAGGAAGCUUGAUGGUGCUGUCACAUUUACAAGGUUUGCCGAGAAGCAUCGUCGUCUUCUGAAUGCAUUUAUUAGACAGAAUCCGGGCCUAUUGGAAAAAUCCCUUAGCAUGAUGUUGAAGGCACCAAGGCUAAUUGAUUUUGAUAACAAGAGAGCAUAUUUCCGGUCAAGAAUUAGGCAACAGCAUGAGCAACAUCUCUCUGGUCCGCUGCGAAUAAGUGUUCGUCGGGCUUAUGUCUUGGAGGAUUCUUACAAUCAGUUGAGAAUGCGUCCUAAUCAGGACAUGAAGGGACGAUUAAAUGUACAAUUCCAAGGGGAAGAGGGUAUUGACGCUGGUGGUCUAACACGAGAAUGGUAUCAAUUACUAUCUAGGGUGAUAUUUGACAAAGGCGCAUUGCUUUUUACUACUGUUGGAAACAAUGCAACGUUCCAGCCAAACCCUAAUUCUGUCUACCAGACGGAACAUCUUUCUUACUUCAAGUUUGUUGGCCGUGUGGUUGCAAAGGCAGUAUUUGAUGGGCAACUUUUGGAUGUUUAUUUCACUCGAUCUUUCUACAAGCACAUACUUGGCGUAAAGGUGACAUACCAUGAUAUAGAAGCCGUGGAUCCUGAUUACUACAAGAAUUUAAAAUGGAUGUUAGAGAAUGAUGUGAGUGAUAUUCCUGACCUGACGUUUAGCAUGGAUGCGGACGAAGAAAAGCAUAUUCUUUAUGAGAAAAACCAGGUGACUGAUUAUGAGCUUAAACCUGGAGGAAGAAAUAUCAGGGUUACAGAAGAAACUAAGCACGAGUAUGUAGACCUUGUAGCUGAUCAUAUUUUGACAAAUGCUAUUCGUCCUCAAAUCAAUUCUUUCCUGGAGGGGUUCAAUGAAUUGGUGCCACGUGAGCUUAUCUGGAUUUUUAAUGAUAAAGAGCUUGAGCUACUUAUCAGUGGUCUUCCGGAGAUUGAUUUGGAUGACUUGAAGGCGAACACCGAGUACACUGGGUAUACAGUAGCAUCUAGUGUUGUGCAAUGGUUUUGGGAGGUAGUUAAAAGUUUCAACAAGGAGGACAUGGCAAGACUGCUUCAAUUUGUGACUGGCACAUCAAAGGUUCCACUGGAAGGUUUCAAAGCUUUGCAAGGCAUUUCUGGUCCUCAGAGGUUUCAGAUUCACAAGGCAUAUGGAGCUCCAGACAGGCUGCCCUCUGCUCAUACAUGCUUUAAUCAACUAGACCUUCCUGAGUAUACCUCUAAGGAUCAGCUUCAUGAACGAUUGAUGCUUGCUAUUCAUGAAGGGAGUGAAGGAUUUGGCUUUGGUUGACCACAAGAGUCUGCUGAUUUAUUUCCCUAGCGUGCCAGUCAUCUGUCUCAAGUACCAUGUACAUAUAAAAGAGCUGGUACUGAUUUAGAGCUUUCAGAAUUACAAUCACCGAUGAUAUGAGAAUGGUUUUGGUAAAUGAAAGCAUCGUCUGUUUAUUAGAAGGGCGGUGAAGGAAUGAUGCUUUAAAAUGAUCGUACUAUUGUUGCUGGCUCUUGUGUGCUCCUCAGUGGCAAUGGCUGGGAAAUUUUAUUCUUUUGCAAAUUCUUUACUUGUCAGAAAUUUGGGGAGCGUACAAAUGUUGAUAGACUAUGUUUAUUGUUUGUAUUAGUAUUCAUGUUAUGAGUUCAGUCUGCUUUUAGAUUAGGCAGUCUCUUUCUGUGGCCUGGAAUAUGGUAAUAAGCUUAGGUGAAAGUUCUUAAUAAAGCUUAGGAAUCUGUACAUGUAAUAGAAUCAUUCCCAGAAGGAUUUGUUUUGGGUUUUAGUUAUGAAAGGCCAGAAAGGUGAUUCAGUUUUGCUCUUC